AUGGUCCCUAACUCUUUGCCAUAUGCUACUUUUCAAUCUCAACUACCAAUGACAUAUAACGUUCCGCUAAACAUUAACAUGGCUCCUAGUCAUGCGACAUCACAGAUAGUUGAUGCAAGGAAUCAUCAUCGUAACAUGAAUGCCCACAACGGCCGAGGUCCUGAAGGAGACGAGGAAAUGUAUGCUGGAUGUACUCCCGUUCUGGAGGAGCGUCGGAAUGAGCACACUGGAAGGGUUUCCCCACGAGUUGCUUUACGCACUAUGAUGCAGCAAGCCCUUAGACCAAGUACACAACGUGAAAAGUUUGAACGCCAAACACACUAUACUCAGCAUUCUCACUAUCCUCGCGAUGCUUUUGGAUUAAGCUCACGUGGCGUCAGUGUGGCAUCUGAUACCUCGAUUUGUCCCCAAAUUGACAGAAGUCUUGAGGCUAGUAUUCGAGAGCAGCUUGCUCGUUCUGGUCUCCUCCGAGAUUGUCCAGACCCGGAAUAUGUCAACAGGCCAAUGGCGGUUGAUCCUUCGAUUGUCUCGUGCGGAAGAGCCCUGAAGCAACAAAUACCAUUCCAUCAUCACAGACCACAGUAUCCCUUCAGUCAACCGCAACCCUUUGAAGAAGUCAAAAUGAGCCGAGAACUCUCGCGACCACCUUUUUCAAUCAGCACAUCACCUCCAAAACUUCAAAGAAAUACAGGAAUUCCAACUUACAAAGUAGUUGUGCCACGGUCAAGUUCUCCACAAAUUCAGACCUACAGAGGUGUCGAUUCUGUGAUCAAGGAACCCAAGAGAAGAGAUAAUCCACAAUCGUACAAGGUCGAAGCGGGAUCAAAAUUCUUGACCAAAGAUGACUACACUCCUACCAAAAGAAUCGUUGGCUACUUUGUAGAGUCUUCUGGCGAAAGCCCUAAAUCUGCCAAGAGAUACCCCAUUCAGUCUCUCAGCAAUCAUGAUGAGACAACGCCCAAACCUCUCAGACACCCUGUCAAAAAUCGCUCGGGUGGUGUUUCUGAACCAGAAAUGACACAGUCUCUCAUCAGAGAUGGAAAAGACAAAGUCAAUAAAAGUGAGGAAACACCCAGGGUAACAGCACCGUUGACAGAAACCACCGAGGGCGAAACUCUCAAUGAGCCGAUUGAUAUUAUCGACAAAUACGUUGACGGCCCUAAGACGCAAGCUUAUGCUACAGUGCAAGAGAUGUCGGACGAUGAUUUCAUUACAAGCCCGGAUGGAAAUAAAAAGGCAGAUUUACUUGAGGACUGCAUCAAAUCUCUGGCUACAUGGGAAAAAGGAGAUCGUAGAGUUCUUCUCAAGCUAUUGAAGGUUCUGAAACGACUUGAUGAUGAAGAUGAUGCCAAGCCUAUCGAGAGUCUAAAGACUACCUACCCUACUGAAUCCAGCCCAAGAAAAGAAAAGGAAUCUAGAUCUAAUAACAGUCUUAACCCCAAGGCGGCGUGUUUCAAAGAUUUUAGUUCUGCUAGAGCUCAUAUUACCCGCGCCCACCAUGAGCGGCGAGGUCUUUCGUUACAGGAAGAAAUUACACCAACCUCAAAUGAAAUGUUACCAAUGUUUUACCCGAAGCCCUUAAUGUCAACAGAACCGGUUUGGAUCAAGACUCAGCAAAGGACGCCCAUGCCACCACUAGGUCUUCCCAUUCCAUUUAAGGCACAUGUCGGUCGUAAGGUCCCAGUCAAGACGACCCUAGAUCCACCUCCAAGUGAAGAGGAUGAAGGAAGAGUAGCCAAAGCAAUGGACCCUCGUCUAGCAGGGCCACUUCUUACUCGAUUCUACAAUAAAUAUCCAUUGACUGGUACAGUAUGUCCAAAUCCACCUUCACCUCCUCCAGCCGCCGUGAAGAAUGCUGCAGAGAUUCAAGAGGAGCUUGAACGCCUUUUGUUGCAAGAAAAGGAAAAGAAGGCUUUUGCAAAUUCUUCAACUGUUAAACCUCGUACAUCGAAGGGAGCCGGUCCCGGUGGUGCCGAGACUUCGAAGCUUGCUAAGUGA